AUUAUAAAGAUUUAUCACAAUAUUAUUUAGGAAAUAAAAUUAAAUUUAAACAUAUUUCAAAUUUAAAAUUUUUUAAUAAAAAUGAUAAUAAAGAAUGGUCAAUUUUAAAAGAUAAAUUAAUAUCAAAUCAGUUUUUAAAGAUAGAUAAAGAUUCGAUUGUGGAGUUUAUAUACCAUUGUAAAAAUAGAGAAAUUAUUCAACUGUUUUUAGAAAAAAAGAAGGAUUUUAUUCCUAUCGAAUUAGACCUUGUUUCAUUGUCUCUAGAAAAUAGUAACAUGGUGGCAUUCCAAGUUUUUUUGGAUCAAGGUUAUCCUGCUUCAAGUAAAUCUGUUGAAAGAGCUAUUCAUUUCGGAAACAUCGAUGCUUUAAAUAUACUUUUCAAACAAACAAGUGUUGGUAAUCAAAAGUAUUGGUUAAAACUUUUCAGAAAUAAAUAUAUUCAAUUAGAAAUGAUAGAAUUUUUCAUCUCCAAAAAUGAAACCUUACUCCAUGACUAUGGCCAGGCCUUAGAUGAUAAGGAAAAGUUAGAUUUUACAAGUUUCUUCUCAAUUAAAUCUCUUAAAGUUAAAUCUAUACUGUUAGAUUUCAAUCUUGUAGAAAAAAAUGAAGUUUCAAGUUUUUUCAUCUAUUUUAUAAAAAAUAGUAAUUUUGGGUUAAUUAAAACAGAGCAAGAUUUAUUGUUUUAUAUUAGAGCAUUUUUCAAGUUAGCAUGCAAUUUAAGAGAAAUUCCACUUCAAGCCCAAUUAAAAAUUGAUGAAAUUCAAGCAAAUAAAAAAGAUCAAGAUUCAGUAUACCAAUUAACUUUAAUUCUUUUAGAAGAAAUUCAAAAAAAACUACAUCCAAGUCAGUAUUCAAAUGAAAUGAAAUCAUUUUUUUACCAUUUUCUUUUAAAAAACAAAAGUAUAAAAGGAAUUUGCUAUAUACCAUCGCUUUAUUUCUAUAGCUUCACUUCUUUUUCAGUCGAGGGUUUAGAGUAUCUUUUAGAACAAUAUUCAAGAUCAGAAUGUAUUUUCAACGAAUAUAAUAGCAAUGCUUUGGACCAAAUAGUAUUAAGGAAUGAUCAAGAUAGAGUUUUGAAAUUUAUGAAUUUGUAUUACCACCAAGAAACAUUCAGGGUUCCAAACGAAAAAAUAAUCGUCAAAAAUAUUUUAUUAAAUUGUGAUAUAUAUGUAUUGGAGUCUUUGUUAGAAAUAGAUAAAUUCAAGAACCAAUUAUUUAAUCUAAAGUUUGAAACAUAUGAAGAAUUUUCAUUUAAUAAAUAUAAACUAUUUAUUAACCAGGUCGAAAAUGAACUUUUAUCAGAGCAGUCAAAUAGUGGAUUAAAAAUUAAAAUAUCAUUCAGUAAUGAAAAAGAAAAAACGGAAUACAUAGACUUUAUAGUGGGAAAAUGGAAAGAAGUUAUUUUAACCGACAAUAACCAAUCAAUACAUUCAACAUUUCAAACAUUUAUAUAUCCUUUAUUAUAUUCAAUCGAUACCAAAGAUACAAUGAAAUAUUUUUUAGAUAAUUUUGUUCAACUUAUAACACCACAACUCGAUCAAUUAUUUUUACAGCUUGUACCGUUUUUAUUUGAAUACUCAGUAUUAAAUGUUGAUAUCGAAACAUUAAAGUUCGUGGAGCAAAAAAUAGGUGUUCAGCUAAAUGGAUACAGAGGUUUAUUUUAUAAAACAAACUUUAAAAAAUCAAAAGAAGAGGCAAUUUCAAUUUUAAAUCAUAUAAAUAAUAAUCCAGCUUAUUACCAAAAUCAUUUUUAUAACAUUUAUUUAAUGCUUUCAAAUCAGUUCGAUAAAUCUAUAAUUUUACAAGUUGAAAUGGACUUUAAUAGAUUUCAAAGAGGUAUCAGUCAGAUAAUAUAUUUUUCGUUAAUAUAUUCAGAAUUCGAGUUUAUUAAACAAAUACUAGAUAAAACAAACUAUGUUAUAAAUGGUAACACAUUUAAUCAAGAUAACAACUUGGAUAACGAGCAACAAUUCCAAACCAUAUUUAUUGUCUAUAGGAAAAAUAUUUAUACAAUUGAACCAAAUACCAAUUUAAACUUCAAUACAAUAUACAACUUUAUGGAAUUUUUAUUAUCUAAAGUAAAAAAUCAAGAGUCUCGAAGUUUGUUUUUAGAAGCUGUUUUAAAUUACCUUUAUAAGAUAAUCAUAAGAAUCAAAGAUAUAACAUUAAAGCAAGUUGAAAUGGUCCACUUACUAUUCAGAGAAAAUCAAAUUCAAACCAAUUUGGAAAUUUAUCAUGUACUAUACUAUAUCUAUUUAAAAUCACCCAAACUAUUCAAAUAUUUUUACUCUAAUUUAAAUAUAGUAAAUAAUAUAACGACAAAUGGGGCUGAAAACAAUUAUAAUUUAGAAACUUUUACAUUUGAAAAAAUAAUGGCCUGUAGCUUUGAAGAAUUAUUUUUCAAUAUAAAAGAAGUAUUAAUGGUCUUCAUUUAUCAAAAUAAUCAAAACAAUCAAGGUGUUUUAAGUUACAAUUUCCUUUUUAACGAAACUUUAAGCAACAUAAAAUAUUUACUAGAGGUAAAUGAAUAUAACAUUAUUUUAAAAAAUAUGGAGAAAUUUACUUUAGAGCCAACAAACCAAACAGAUUUAAAUGCAAUAGAAAUUAGAAACACAAUUGUUUUAAAUUUCUUAAAAGAAUUAUUUUCGUUUAUCGAAAUUGAUUUAUUUUUUCAAAUCAACAAUUGUAUCAAUGCUUCAAAAGAAUUAAUUAAAAUAGCCGCCAAUCAUAACCACAGAUCAGAUAUUUUAAAUUAUUAUAAUAAUAACCCAAAUUGUACCAGAAACGAAUAA